CCACUAGCAGUGCUAUUACUGGAACAUUUCCUGUUUUUACUGGAAAUGCUCAUGAUGUAUUGAUUUGAGGUCUCAUAUCGUUACCUGAGUGCUGUGUUGUUGGUUGUUGCCUCUGUGGAGCAGCACACAGGCUAAUGCCUCCCUAACUACAUAGUUAUCUGUAUUUCUGUUGGGAAGGAUUCGGUGGACCCAAGUGCAGGGCACUGACUCAGAGGAAGGUGAAGUUUAGGAUAGCAGGGAGUGGCUGUCUGGGGAAAGGGCCGAUGGAGGCUGGAUGGCUGACGAUCAGGGGAAAGACAGUUAACGUCAGGCUAGAAAACAACACGAGUAAUAUGCAAGAGGUCUGAAGCAGAGUUUGGACAACCAAGUGGCGAGGAGUGGGAGCAAUAGAGGUGAUCAGCUGAUGGGUGGGAUGGCACACACACACACACACACACACACACACACACACACACACACACACACAAAGUCACAAACACAUUUGAAAUGAAAUCUCUAGAUGUACCGUUCUCACCUUCUCAGGGAAACUGGAGGAGAGACUUGUCUUUUUGCACCAUGGUGGAGAAUGUUUCACAUAUGUGUGUGUGUGUGUGUGUGUGUGUGCAGUGUGUGUGUGUGUGUGUUAUAAAUGCAUACUCAAAAAAUGUCUGACACUUUAAAUCCUUUUUACAUUGACAAGGACCAGUGACAAUCAUUUCAGAUAUAAUUUGUGUUGUUUGUUACAAGCAGUUGUUGGAGCCACAAGACAAAAGGGGAAUAAUUUGGAGGUCCAAGUCUACAGCCAGGCUAUUAAUGUUGACCGGAUGCUGGCUCUGCAGAGGUUAGCUGUCCAGUACCAGAAAAGAGACUGGCAACGAGGAAACACAGAGGCCAUCACUUCUGGGAGUGUGUUUGGUGUGUGGCGGUCAGUGGUGGACGCCACAGCUCAGUCUGCCGCAUCACGACUAGCCGCCACGGAGGAAUACCGCCGACUGAUUGAACAAGUCUCUAGAAGUCUUCGCAAUGCAAAGGACAUCCGAGCUAAGAGAGGCCUGGAGCGACUCCAGAGGGUGCAGGGGGAAGUGGUGGAUGCUCUGCGGGAGCUGCACACGACCAAGAAGAGCUACCACCAACUCAGUCACAUCGCCAGUGUUGCCAGAGAGAAGGCUGCUGAUGCACAGACCAGAGCCAGAAAGAGUGAACAUGGGAUUUUCCACUUUAAGACAGGUCUACAUAAAAUGGCCGCUAAGCUCAGCGCCAGGUUAAAAGAGUGUGAUGACCGUUUGACUGAAGUUCGUAAUGAGUAUCUGCUGACGUUAUCAGCAGUCAACGGCCAUCAACAACACUACUACACUAACGACUUACCACAUAUUAUGGAGCAAAUGGACGGUGAUGUUUAUGAUGAUUUGAGAAGCCAUUUCACCCUGCUGUGUGGGACAGAGAUGGAUACCUGUCUGACCACACACACACAGUACAGCAUGAUAUGGGAGAGUGUUGCUAAGGUGACCAGAGAGAGAAAUGCUCUGCAGUUUCUUCAAGAAUCUGUCUCCUUCAGCAAACCCCCUGAAUUCACCUUCCAGCCGGCUCCACGUGACAAGGUGUCUGCUCUACAGGAGGUGUGUGCUUCAGAAGCAGAGGGCUGUCUGGUUAAGGAGGCCAAGAAAUGGGCUACGAAAGCUGCUAAAGACUACAAGAUCAUCACCCAUGGAGAGAGGGCUCUACAGACGUUAGAGAGUCGGUUGAAGCUCUUAUCAGGGGAGACGGGGCUCAGUGUGGAGCAGAAGAUAGCAGAGGUGCAGGACACUGUCAGGAAAGCCAAGCUCAGCAGGGUCAAGGCAGAAGCCCGUCUGGCUCUGUUGUCGGACAGUGUCACAGGAAUUGAACUGUGGCUUCACAGUGCCAUGGACCAGGCAGAGGAGGAGCUGGAGAGAGAGAGACGCCUCAGUGAACAGAGGAAGUCUACUGAGGACUAUUCAGAGGAUGAGUUUGAGCUGACUGACUUUGAGGACUACGAUGAUGAGAACGGAGACAUCUUUGCAGAUCCAGUGUCAGCAUCUGGAGUGUGUAUUUACCCUGCAGCCUGCAGAGUUAUCUAUAGCUUUCAGGCCAGCCAGUCAGAUGAGCUGUCAAUCAUGGAAGGGGAGGAGCUUCAAGUGAUUGAGGAUGGAGACAUGGAGGACUGGCUGAAGGUGUGUAACUCGUGUGGUCAGGUGGGGUAUGUUCCUGAGCGUUAUGUGCAGUUCCUGUGUCUACCAGCAGAGGAUGCCACUCAGCUCGACACUUCUUUCAGCUCCACCUUAUCUACUGGCAAUAAAGAGAGGGAAGGGAGCAGAGGUGUAGCCAGAGCUCUGUAUUCCUACCAGGCCCAGAGUGCAGAAGAGCUUUCCUUCCAGGAGGGGGCACUGAUUCAGCUGAUCCGCUGUCGACACGCAGAGGUGGACGAUGGGUUUUGGGAGGGAGAGCUGAAUGGACGGAUCGGUGUCUUCCCCUCGUUGGUGGUAGAGCUCGUCCAUGAUGAAGGGGAGGAGGAGGAGAAGGAGCCUCUCCCCACCCCAAACAUGCCUCCCUUCUCUCCCUCCAGCCCAAUCCCUUCCAACUCUGGCUGUAGUUCAGCACUCAGUGCUACCCCCUCCAGUGGUGUGGAUGACAGACAGCAGCUCUUUCCUCCGAGGCUCGCAGACAACACAAUAGAGACUGCAGGCAGCAGCCACAAUUCUCCAGACGUUUCCAGCAGCCGACUAAGACCAUGUCGAGCGCCUCCUCCUCCUCCUCCUCCAACACAGAAGCCUUCCCCUCAGCCUUGAGACAAAGUCUGGACUCACCGCCAACAAUACACCAUGUGGAAGGAUGUGUUAGAGUUUCCCAUUGGUCAAUGUAGACGUAAGGUGAUUUGAACAGCAGAGAGUAUAAUUAAGCAAUAUCACACGAGAGAUGCGUUACCGCAGGCCAGCUACUUAGUUUCACGUACAUGUAUCUCUAGGUAUCAUGUACAUGUAUCUCUAUGUUUUAUGUAUCUGUGUGUGUUAUGUACAUGUACUGUAUCUGUAUGCAGGGUCCAAAAUUAGCACCAUCUACCAGCCAAUUGCUGGAAAAAAAUGCAUGUGGCUGGCAGAUUUGCUUCACUCACCAGCCAAAAAAACAAUGGCAACCUAGUGAGUAGCUGGUAAAAUUUUAACGUUGACUAGCCAUUUGGCUAGUUAAUUUUGGACCCUGUCUGUAUGUAUCAUGUACAUGGAUCUCUAUGUAUUAUGUACAUGUAUCUGUAUGUAUUAUGUAUCUGUAUGUUUAAUGUACAUGUAUCUGUUGUUUCCAUUUGUUGAUUCUGACCAGUUAACAGCUGAUCACACAGUAAUGGGACGUUGCUCCUUCGUUUCCUGCUCUCCAGACUGUAUUCAGCCCGCUCUUUAACAGACUGAACGUCCAUGUUUAUAUUUUAUAGUUUUUUAGCAGCGGCUCACGUUACCUGGAGGUUUGUACUUAAGUAUUCAGCUUCUGUCCUUUACUUUGUCCUUGUCUGACGACCAUUCACAAUUUCACUCAAAUGUUAUUUGUGGAAAUAUGUCCAUGGCUGUGGUGCAAUCAAAGACACAUCACCGUUAAUGUGUAACGGUUUUUAGAACACCUGUAAAGCGGAUUGAUACAUGUGUAGUUAAAAGUGAUGUCAUACUGUAUAUCAGCACUCAUGGAAUGCCUGUUGUCCAAUCACAUUACCUGGUUUGAGCUAGCUUUAAAUCCCCCAUGUGUCCCUGCAGUGGAACUAACCUCCAUGUGAGCACAGACACAGAUAUGUGCACCAACAUUCAUGCAAUGGUGACAAAGACAUUAACCCUUUGAGGUCUAAGGGCAUUUUCACAUAUGUUCUUAAAUUUACCUUUUUAAGGUAUUUGCAUAUAACUGAUCCCCAUGUGUUUCAUAUCAAAAUGUUCAGAACAAACUCAGCUUUCCGUACAGUGACACCCACAUUUUUUUGUUUCAGUGCUUGAAAUAAGUUUACCAAAUUCAUUAGGUUUUAUAUGAUUAAAAUAGUAAAUAAAUGUCUGAAAUGAAAUUUUUUAAUAUCGAUUUUUGAGUCUGAGUUUUGUCAUCGUUUGGACGUGCCGGUGGGUCUUUCGUCCUCAGAGGGUUAAAGGGAGAAGUCAGCAGCCAUGCCUACAUGCACCAGGAUGCAUUGCGUGCGAUCAACAAGUUUGCUUAGUUCUCUUAGCUUUUUAGUAAACAAAAUACCAAAUGUCAAGAAAGGAAAAAAUCGUACACCUAAACAGAAAAAUACAACCGCACACCUUCUGAAUCUAAGUUUGUCUCUUUAUCAGAACCAAGACGAGAUUAAUUACCAUUACCUUGUUAACUCAUUAUGAAACACACUUCAUUCAAAUGAGACAGACACUAAAUAAAACUCACCGUAUCCUUCUUAGUUAGUCUUUCCAGUGUUCAACAAUCACCCACUCUAGUUCACAGAGGUGUGAAAAUGAAUUGUAAAAGUAUAUGGAAGUAAGAAUCUGGAACUCUGUAGGUCUCCUUCAGCAGAUUUCUAAACUAUUUUUUAUAGAUGCUAUUACCAUUAACUAGGUGUUAUAAUGAUUUAGUUUUCAAUUUGUCUGUUUUUGUACUGUGUUGUAUCAUUGUGGAUUUAUUGAAACUAAUGGUGCAUUAUAGCAACAGAAUGGCUAAUAAUGUGUGAUGCUUAUUUGACUGAUGUCA